AUGAAGGCACUCAGGGCUGUCCUGCUCACCCUGCUGCUGUGCCGGCAGCCAGGGAGAGGGCAGGCGCAGGAGGAGGAUCACACCAGGGACGACGAGUUGGAUGACGAAUCAGACGACCUCGAAGAGGAAGAUGAAGAUGAGGACGAAGAAGAGGAGGCCAACGCUAUCCCUGGCGGGCUGCAGUGCUACACCUGCCCGGCCCUGCACAGGGAGGAGCUCUGCGACAAGACACACAGCUGCUCCGGCAAGGAGACCUUCUGCAAAACCCUUGUCAUCCACGGAAACUCUGAGUCAGGCCUCCUGACCACCUACUCGAUGUGGUGUGCAGACAGCUGCAAACCUACCAGCAGGACAGUGGAGGAAACCCAGAUGACCGUGACCUGCUGCCAAUCCACCUUGUGCAACGUCCCGCCCUGGCAGCACUCCCAAGCCCAGGACUCACCACCCAGUGGGACAGAUGGCUGUGAAAGUGUGGGCACAGCCCUUCUGCUCAGCCUCCUCACCAGCCUUUGGGCAAUGAGGGCCUGA